ACUAUUUCAAAUCCAUAAUGCAACAAAUUGAUCAUAAAUAAUAAAAAAAAAUUAAACUCAAUCCCCUUAUUUUCAAAUCUAACAAGAAAAGUAUGAACUCUUUCAAAUCCAUACAACAUUCCUCGAUUUUUUAUUCAAAGUUAUAAUAUAUGUAUUCGUAUUGGAAAAAAAAAACUAGAAAGUGGUUGGUUGGGGACAAUUAUCCCAUCUUCCAAGAUUUAGAAAGUGGUUGGUUUCUUAUUCCCCUGUCUUCUCAGCUCAGAGCAAUUCGAUUAUCAACCUUGAUUAUCGCCAUGUAAUCCCACAUUUGAGAUUCAUUGUGAUUAGAGCGACUCUCAGGAGGCUACUUAUGGCGUUAUUGUGUUCAAUAGCCAUGGUUUUGGUCGGAUCGAACGAGCUAAUUGAGCUUUGGGCUACUUUGAUUGGUGUGGUUGCAACUUGCAAGAGAGAUUUUGAGUUUACUGUUUUCGGGUCUAGAGGUUUCAGAUCCAUUGUUUGGGUUGGUUCAUUCUGUGUGUUGUGCUGCCCUUGUUGUAUAUGUGCAACACAGAUUGUUUCAACUGUGUGCUUUUGGGAUAUGUUCUUGAUUUUUUUUUUUUUUUUUGGUUUUCUUAUUGGUUUCUCCGCUAAUCGAUGAAAGCAAUCCCUUUGUAAAAAGAAAAAAACACUCUAAAUCCCGACCUCGCCACUACUGAGAAGUGCCGCAUAGAGACCCCAAAACCCUAGAAUUUAAAGUAAAUAAGGCUAAACAAACCGAGUGUCUUAAACUCUAGGAUAAGCUGAAUGACCUUGGGAUCAAGAGUAAACGUCCACCACUAGUUCUGUUUAUUAUAUGAUUUGAUUCCAACCACUAACAAUCUUGUAAUGUACAGUUAUAAGAGAUCCCCAAAAGAUAGGAAUAUAAGUUGAUUGAGUUGGAUAUUUGAUUAUGAAUGACUACUUGAUAAGUUAACAAUAAAUACCCUUACUUUUGUUUCCAUGGAAUCUUUCCCACUCCUACUAACCCGUCAAUUGAAUCCAUUCCGGUGAGAUUUCGUCAAAAUCGAAUCCUGGUAAGAACAGUCCUAAAACCAAACCCUCCGAACUAUAAACCCCAAUACUCGGAUCACAACUCUUCUUUCAGAUCACCAUUCUCUCCCACACAUCCCAUUUCCUUAUCCCCUGAAUGGACGCCACCACCGCCGGCGCCAUGGCCGACGUGGAACAACCCGUCGCCGGCGUCGAACCAGAUCCCUUGAAACCCAAGAAGCUAAUCACCCUCGUCCCUCUCAUCUUCCUAAUCUACUUCGAAGUCGCCGGUGGGCCCUACGGCGAGGAGCCGGCAGUCCAGGCCGCCGGCCCGUUCUACGCCCUCUUGGGCUUCCUCAUCUUCCCCUUCAUCUGGUCCAUUCCGGAAGCGCUCAUCACCGCCGAGCUCUCCACCGCCUUCCCCGGCAACGGCGGGUUCGUCCUCUGGGCCCAGCGGGCUUUCGGCCCAUUCUGCGGAUCCCUGAUGGGCUCGUGGAAAUUCCUCAGCGGCGUCAUCAACGUCGCCGCCUUCCCCGUCCUCUGCAUCGACUACGUUGUCAAGAUCUUCCCCGUCCUCCAGUCCGGCUGGCCCCGCAUCGUCGCCAUCAUCGCCGCGAUCCUCGUCCUCGCGUUCAUCAAUUACCUGGGCCUCAACAUCGUCGGGUAUGCCGCCGUCGCCCUGGGCCUGAUUUCGCUUUCCCCUUUUGUUCUGAUGUGCCUGAUCGCAAUUCCUAAAAUCCGGCCCAAGAGGUGGCUCUCAAUGGGCCAGCCCGGAGUUAAAAAAGAUUGGAAUCUCUUCUUCAACACCCUGUUCUGGAACUUGAAUUUCUGGGACAACAUCAGCACUCUCGCAGCAGAAGUUGAUAAGCCGGGGAAGACUUUCCCGGUUGCUCUGCCGGUCGCCGUUGCGCUGACGUGUUUAUCGUAUCUAAUCCCUCUUUUCGCCGUCAUCGGGGCCGUUGAUGUGCCCCAAUUGGAAUGGGGAUCUGGGUUCCACGCCACCGCCGCGGAGAUGAUCGCGGGGAAAUGGCUCAAGAUAUGGCUCGAAAUAGGCGCGGGAUUGUCCGCAAUCGGGCUGUACGAGGCCCAAUUGAGCAGCUGCGCGUACCAGAUCUUGGGGAUGGCGGAAUUGGGGAUCCUCCCCAAAUUCUUCGCCGCGAGAUCGAAAUGGUUCCACACGCCAUGGAUCGGGAUCGCUGUCCCCACGGCGCUGACGCUCGGGGUGUCUUUCUUGCAGUUCACGGACAUCAUCUCCUCCGCGAAUUUCAUCUAUAGCUUGAGCAUGCUGCUGGAGUUCGCGGCGUUCUUGUGGCUGAGGCGUAAGAUGCCCGAGCUGGAGCGGCCGUACAGGAUCCCGAUGAGGCUGCCGCUGCUGUGUGUAUUCUGCUUGAUUCCGUGCGUGUUCUUGUUCAUCUUGAUUGUGAUUGCUACCAAGACCGUGUUCAUGGUGAGCGGGCUGAUGACGGCGGGGUCGAUUCUGUGGUUUCUGAUGAUGGCGCUUUUCAGAAAGCACAAGUACUGCGUCUUCGCCGUCGAUGAAGGGCACCAGGAUCUCGUUCCGUUGCUUUCGCCUUUCAAUGGUUAGAAGUUAAGAAUUCCGAUCGUCUUAUUGUGAGUGGUAUCCUUAUAGAUGCUUGCUUGUUGACAUUUCGUUCAACAAGAUUCGUUGCAUCAAUGACAUUUAGUAUUAAAAUGUUGUCCAUAUCAUGACAUAGAAAGUUUUUCUUAUCGAUAAUUCGACUAGUGUACAUAUCUCUUUUUAUUAUAAUUAUUUUCAUACCUUUCAUUUCUAUUUAGAAUAUUGUUCAAAAGAAAUUACAUAAAACUUGUUUUCUCUGCUCAACAAAGCGAAGAAUAAUGAGAACAAAUAGAUAUUCCAAUUCAAAAUACUACUACAUUAAUUAGUUUCCUAACUGAACCCCAGAUUCUAGGGUUUUGUUGUAAAGUAGUGGAGGACGUGAGGUAGAAGGGCUCUUCAUGAUUCCGCCAGUAAUGGAUCAAGGCGUCUUAUGUGGGAUGGCAAAAUUACAACAAAAUACUUCUGUUUUGUUGCCCUCUCUUGCAAUGUUGUAGUGGAUUUAGGCGACAAAUUAGUCGAGCUACUCACAAGCAAUUUUAUCUUUGAUUCUCUAGUAACUAAGUUGAGUUUGAGCUCAAUAUUGUUCAACUCGUGAGACUCGCUAGCUAUUUAACUCGAUGACUUGUUGAAUUCAAAUUGCACGUUAGCUCAUGUUAAGCUGAUAAGUUGGUUUGAAGGUCUGACUGGUGAGUUCAUUUGUGAAUCGAUGUAUAACUUAUAAGUUGACUUGUUAAUGAUUAAUAAGUAUUUUUUCAAAUUGUAGUAUCACUUGAGUAGAGCCCAAUCUAAGUGCAAAGCCCAAUCAAUCACCGACGUUAGUUUUCCGUGGUGUGUUACAUAGGCUGUCCACAAAAAUUGGGACUUAUUCUAGAAAAAGCAUUGUUUUAAAAAAAUUCAAAAGUUGCACCCAACCCAAAAAAAAUUCAAAAAUAGCACCUAACCCAAAAAAAUUCGAAAAAUAGCACCCUUUGACUGCCACCCGGGGGCGCGGUUUUCGACGAAAACCGUACUGAGAGGGGGCAGUUUUGCUGACCGCGUGGGGUCGGGGCAGUUUGGUUGAAAACAGCACCCCCACCUGGCAGUUUGUAUUAUAUAUUUUUUUCCAAAUAAAUAUUAUAAGUGGUCUUCGCACAACUGGUUUAGUUGUUUAUUGUGAGUAAGUAGUCCCAAGCUCGAAUCCCCAUCAUCCUUAAGUUUUUUUUAUUUAGUAGUGAUUAAAAAAAGCCCCAUGCUAUGGGGAUGGUGGUUCGAACUCAGAUAUAAUAAAUAAUUAACUAAAAUUAGCACAAUAUCUACACCACCAAACUAUAACUCUUCUUUUAAAAUAAUAAUAAUAAUAAUAAUAAUAAUAUAUUGACAAAGUUUUAUUCCUUGAACGCUAAAAAUUACUCAAUAUCUUUGAACAAGCAUAACUUUGUGAUCCAAAAUCCGAACGUUAUGAAUUUUUUUUCCAUUUUGCAUAACUUUUUAAGGACUAUAAUUUUUACUAGGAAUGAAUUUUCAAAACAGGAAUUAUUUUUUGAUAUACCGGGUUUUGGGAAUAACCUACCUUCCCAUUUUACAAAUUCACGUACAUUUCAAAAUUAUGUCUAUGAUAAAAGUUAUGGUUGUCCAAAGUUUGACGAAAUCGGAAAAAACUAUGCGAAAUGAAAAAAGAAUUCAUGACAUUCGGAUUUUGGAGCACACAAUUAUGGUUGUCCAAAGUUUGACGAAAUCGGAAAAAAGCUCGUUCGGGGUAGCAAACAACAGUUAUGGCUAUCUAAAGUUAGAGGAAAUCGGAAAAAAGCUCAUUCGAAACACAAAGUUAUGGCUGUCAAUAUAUUAUUGUUCCAAAAGAAGAGUUGUAGUUUGGUGCUGUAGAUGACGUGCUAAAUUUAGUUAACUAUUUAUUAUAUCUGGGUUCGAAGCACCAUUCCCACAUAUGUGCUUUUUUUAAUCUCUACUAAAUAAAAAGAUUAAACAUGG